AUGGAUGAACAACCUGUUGCGACCAAGAAUGGUCAGCAGCUGCUGUCACACUUACUAGCCAUCGCGUACCAGGUACUGAGGGAGAUGAAGCACAUGAAUUUCAAGCCGCCGCUUCGUCCGAGUUCGAAGUUGUUCGCAGUCGAUGUACCUGUUUUGAGCUCACCUCCUCACUCUCCUUCAGAGACUGAAAUACCACAGGACGAAGUGGUUUCUGACGUAAACGGACUGGCCUCGAGUGUCGCAAGCACUGCGCAAACAAACCUUGGGAGCCAAGGCCACCCUGCUGUGCUCCCAUACUCGUUCGAGGAGAUUCAGGAUACAUAUACGAAAAUAGCGGCACUUAAAAAGCAAUACAUGAAGAUCAGUGCCGAAUUGCUGGAGGCUGUCAAGUGUGUGGAGGUGAAACACGAGACACAGCAGGAAGAAGAGGAAGCGGUGGCAAAGCUGGUGUUGAGGAGGAAUCAGUUGCGCAAUGAAGUGUAUGAAAGAAAUGUGGUGAUGAAGGGGCUCAUUGAUCGACUGCGCAAUCUACAGCAUUCUAUCCGGUUUAUGAAGGGAGGAAGCGCCUAUCCGCCCAAUAUUGUCAUGGAGAGCGUCUAG